AUGAGAGUCUGGAUCAGCAGCUUCAUCUCUGAAGGCCUGGGCCCAUUUCUCCCAUACCGGGGCACCUGCUCGCCCCCAACCUCAUCCUACCGUCACUAUGUGAAGUUGUUCCUGGUGCUUUGUGGCCUGGAGCUCCAGGUGGGCGUCUGCUGCCCCGUGGACUGUGUGUGCUACCCGUCGCCCAUGACCGUCAGCUGCCAGGCACACAACUUUGCCGCCAUCCCCGAGGGCAUCCCCGAGGACAGUGAGCGCAUCUUUCUGCAGAAUAACCAGAUCAGCUUCCUUCUCCCAGGCCACUUCAGCCCCUCCAUGGUCACGCUCUGGAUCUAUUCCAACAACAUCACCUUCAUCGACCCUGACACCUUCAAGGGCUUCGUGCACUUGGAGGAGCUGGAUCUGGGGGAUAACCGCCACCUGCGGACUUUGGCCCCCGAGACCUUCCAGGGCCUGGCAAAACUGCACGCCCUCUACCUGUACAAGUGCGGGCUCAGCUCCCUGCCCGCAGGCAUCUUCAGCGGCCUCCACAACCUCCAGUAUCUCUACCUACAGGACAAUCACAUCGAGUUUCUCCAGGACGACAUUUUUGUGGACCUCGUCAACCUCAGCCACUUAUUCCUCCAUGGCAAUAAACUCUGGAAACUCACCCAGAACACCUUCCGGGGCCUGGUCAACCUGGACCGCCUGCUCUUACAUGAGAACCACCUGCAGCUGGUGCAGCCCCGGGCCUUCCAUGACCUCCAGAGGCUCACCACCCUCUUCCUCUUCAACAACAGCCUCUCGGAACUGCAGGGGGACUGCCUCACCUACCUGGGGGCCCUGGAGUUUCUCCGGCUCAACGGCAACCCCUGGGACUGCGGCUGCCGGGCCCGGUCCUUGUGGGAAUGGCUGCGGAGGUUCCGGGGGUCCAGCUCCAGCGUGCUCUGCGCUUCCCCCGAGUGGAUGCAGGGCCGGGACCUGAAGCUGCUUCAGGCCCAAGACUUCAGGAACUGUACGGGGGCCGAGUCUCUGCACCAGCUCAAAUCGCACACCCUCGCCACCACCGACCGGGCGGCUCACAAGGAGCGUCACCCUCCUCCCCAUGGCGGUCCCAAGGAGAAGGGGUCCCAGCACAGUUUACACGGCCACCAGCCCGGCGCCCGGCCGGGUUCCAGGAAGCCCGGAAAGAACUGUACCAACUACAGGAAUCGGAACCAGAUCUCCAAACCGGGGGCUGGCGGGGCCCGGAAAAAUGGUCACGAGGUCCAGGACUACAUACCCGACUACCACCACAAGUUCGACUUUGACAUGAUGCCCACAGUACGCCCCAAAAAGAAGGGCAAAUGUGCCCGGAGGACCCCCAUUCUUUCACCUAGCGGGGUGCAGCAGGCCUCCAGGGGCAGCGCUCUCAGGGCCUCCCUCCUGGCGUGGAUCCUGGUGCUGGCAGUUACCCUCCGCUGA